GCAGCGUCUACUUCAGCGGCGGUCGCAUCUCCGGCACCACGGACUUUGUCUGGGGCCAAGGAGGCGGUUACUUCUACAACUCAGUCAUCAUGACCGAUGGAACCACGAGUGGCCAGACCAUCGCCGCCCACAAGUACCAGAAUGCUUAUGGCAAGUCAAUUUUCGUCUUCGAUUCUUGCGCCGUAGUACCGCAGAGCUCCUCGCUCGCCAAGAAGAGCACCUACCUGGGCAGAGACUACGUCACCAACUCCAACGUCGCCUUUGUCAACUCGUACUUCGAUGCUCACAUUGCUGCUACUGGCUGGCUGAUCAGCAAUCCCUCCACUUGGGUUGGCACUUUUGUCGAGGCAAACAACACCGGCCCCGGCGCUGAUACCUCCUCUCGCUCCACAUAUGCCCAGGUGCUUUCUGACAGCUCAUCAUACACGGUGAAGAACAUCCUCGGUGAUGAUAGCUGGCUUGAUUCGUCCGCCAUCGCCCCCUUCUCUGGCUGGCCUGACUCUGUGUACACCGUUGCGACCACUUCCACCACCGCCACCAGCACUUCUACCACUGCUACAUCGUCUGGCACUUCAGCUGCAACCACAACCACGUCGACCUCCGCUGCAUCUGCAUUCACUGUUGCCCCUACCCCUACUGGCACCCAGUAUGGAUCCGUGUCGUCCGCCAUUGCGGCCCUUCCCAGCGAUGGAAAGGACUACACCAUCUACAUCUUGGCUGGUACCUACGAGGAGCAGUUCUCCAUCACCCGACGAGGAAAGGUCACCCUUCGAGGAGAGAGCACCUUUGCCAACGACUUCUCCGGAAACACUGUCCUGAUCAAGUUCAGCUACGGAGUGUCUACAAGCUCAAACCAGAACGAGUUGACUCCCGUGAUCAACUGGAAGAACACGAAUGGUGAGGGAUUGGCCCUGUACAACCUCAACUUCACCAACACGUUCCCCCAGACCAAUAGCUAUGCCUCCCUUGCCGCUGAUUUCUACGGCACCAACAUGGCUGCUUACGGAUGUGCAUUCAAGGGCUUCCAGGACAGUCUCUUGGUAAACCAGGGUGUCCAGGUCUUCAGCAACUCCUACAUUGAGGGAAGUGUCGACUUCAUCUGGGGUUACAGCAAGGCGUACUUCCACCAGUGCUACAUCGCCUCCAACACGGCCAACGCGUACAUCACCGCCCAGAACCGACCUUCCUCGACCUGGGCCGGUGGUUUCGUCUUUGACAACUCGCUCAUCACUUAUACGUCGAGCUAUGGAAGCAGCUUUGGCUCCACCUCUCUCGGUCGACCGUGGUCGCAGUACGCUAUUGUAGUCUACAUGAACUCGUACCUGGACAAGCACAUCUCUUCCGCGGGAUGGGCUACCUGGACUACGAAUGAUGCUCGUACUGGCAAUGUUCUCUUUGGUGAGUUCAACAACACCGGACCUGGAAACUGGACUAGCUCUCGCGCAUCCUUUGCGACCAGCCUGAGCGAAACCCAGGCCUCAGCCUACUCCCUGUCAAACUUCAUCGGCAGUACCAGCUGGCUCGACAUGACUGCGUACAACUACGUGCCCAGCUACACCUGGACCAAGACUUCCGAUACCACUGCUCCUGCUACUACCACCACUGCUGCCGCCGACUGGGCUCAUCCUACCAGCGGCACUGAGCCUCCCGCCGGCGCCGUUCUCGUCUCCGUCGACGCAAGCGUUGAUGGCUCGUACAGCAGCCUCACGGAUGCUCUCGCUAGCCUUCCUUCCGACUCCUCGACGCAGGUCAUCUUCAUGUACGCUGGUACCUACAACGAGCAGGUUCCUACCGUCAACCGCGCUGGCCCAGUCAUGAUCAUUGGUUACACCGAGAGCGCCCCUGGAAAGACCUACUCGACCAACCAGGUUAUCAUCACCCAGGCCAGAGGUCUGUCCGUUAGCCCUCUCCCCACCGGCCACAGCAACUCCGAGACGGCGACCAUCGCGACCGCCAGCACCAAGAUCGCAAUGUACAACAUUGACAUCAUCAACUCGGAUAACCUGGAUGGAUCGACCGCUAGCUACGUCACUCUCGCUGCCAGCAUCUACGGCAACAAGAUUGGAUUCUACGGCUGCUCCUUCAUCGGCUGGCAAGACACCCUGCUCACCGGUGCGACUGCUGGAUACCAGUACUACGAGAGCUGCUACAUCGAGGGCGCCAUCGAUUUCAUCUGGGGUUACUCCAAGGCUUACUUCAAGGGUUGCACUCUUGGAGCCAAGCGCAAGUCCUCCGCCAUCACGGCCCAGGCUCGCAGCAGCGCUUCGGCUAUCGGUGGAUACAUCUUCGACCAGUGUCUUUUCACAACUGCCCCUAGUGCUACCGUUGAUCUGACUGGAGCCGUGUACCUCGGACGCCCUUACUCCCAGUAUGCCGUCGUCGUCAUCAAGAACAGUUAUCUCGACAAGACUAUCCAGGCAGCUGGAUGGAAGAUCUGGUCUACUACCGAUCCCAGGACUGGUGGCAUCACUUUCGCCGAGUACAACAACGAUGGACCUGGAAACUGGGGCAACAACACCGCUGCUCGAGAGGCGUUUGGCUAUGCCACUCUGCUCACCAGCGAUACCUACAGCCUGGCCAGUGUCAUGGACAGCACCGACUGGAUUGACAUGACCUACUUCAAUGACAUCCAAACGCCUCAGCCCAAGACAGUUGUGACGCCUCCAGUUACCACGGCGUAUGACGGCACAACCCCCCCUGCUGGCGCAUUCAUUGUCUCCAAGAACGCAAUUGAGGGCAAGACCACCUACAGCACCAUCCAGGCUGCUCUGAACGCUCUCCCCGCUUCCAGCAGUGUGACUGCCACGGUCUUCAUCUACCCCGGCACCUACAACGAGCAGCUCAUCCUCAGCAAGUCUGGCACCACCAUCUUCCUUGGUUACUCCUCCUCGCCAAAGGAUUACACCCAGAACCAGGUCACCAUCACGUACAACACGGGCAUUGACACCCAGGCCGAUGCUUCCAACUCUGACUCUGCGACCGUGUAUGCUACCGGAAACUACUUCCAGGCUGUCAACAUCAACUUUGCCAACACUUUCGGCACCACUGCCAACUACGCCUCUCUGGGCUUUGGUGUCAAGAGCAGCAAGUACGCUGGUCUCUAUGGCUGCCAGGUUUAUGGAAACCAGGACGCAUUGUUGAUCAACGGCUACAUGUUCGCUUCCAACUCGUAUAUCGAGGGCAACAUCGACAUGAUUUGGGGAGCUGGAGCCGGAUACUUCCUCAACUCGACCAUUGCCACGAACCGCGACGGCAUCGACAUCACCGCUCACAAGCGUGCCACCAGCACCACCGCUGCCGGCUUCGUCUUCGACCAGUGCACCAUCAAGGCCGCCGGCACUGCGUCCUACUCGUCUGUCUCCCUUGGUCGCCCCUGGAACCAGUACGCCCGCGUUGCCUACAUCAGCAGCUACCUCGGCUCUCUGAUCGAGGCUGCCGGCUGGGACCAGUGGACCAAGACCGAUCCUCGCACUGAUGGUGUCAUCUUUGGUGAGAUGGGCAACUCUGGCCCUGGAGCUUCGACCAAGAGCCGAGCCUCGUUCGCCACCCAGUUGUCCGCCAGUGACGCUGCACAGUUCGAGAUUGCUACCUUCUUCUCGGCCACCGCCUGGAUCAACAGCACUUUCGUCUAUGCUACGCCGUUCGUUGCUUCAGCUGUCACCCAGACCGCGAGCAUCUCCUCUGCUUCCAGCACUUCCACGUCUACCUCCACCACGUCUUCAGUUCCUAGCACUACCACCAUCUUCACCACCAGCAUCUCCACCCUCAAGCAGACGCUGUCCACAACCACCACUGGUCCUGUGCAGACUACAACCGUCAAGACGACCCUGGUUAUUGAUAUUGGAACCACCAUUACCCCUGACCCGGCCACGAUUACCACGUUUGCUAAAAGCACCACUACCAUCCCGCAAACCAUCACGGAGCCAAAUGAAACUGUCACGUCCAAGUCCACCCAGAUCAUUGACGUCGGCACGACCAUCACCCCUGAUGCCACUACCCAGACUUCGUGGACCACUGUCAAGGUUCAGACUACUUCGUUCGCCACCACGUCCGCCAAGGCUACUACUAUCAAGACCACCACCACGGAGACAGCCUACACGACAAGCACCCCCAAGCCUACGACUGUCACCCAGGUCAUCAGCAGCACCGUCGAAACCACCAAGACAACCAGCCCCAAGGCUGUCACCGUCAAGAGCACGACCACCGUCACCUCUGGCACCGGCGGAACCACCACCACCACAGCCAAGGCUACGACUUCAUAUGUCACGGUUUACACCACUUCUACCAAGACCUCCUCCAAGACGACAACCAUUAGCUGUAUCCCUGCGAACAGCGCUAAGAAGAGGUCCUUGGAUGAGUUCCCGGCGCCUACCGUGGCCCCUGGCUCUGAUUUCGUCUGGGCGGAUGACGUCCCUGCUGGUGCUCUCCUGGCUCGCGCAGCAGGUCUUCAAACUGUCACUGUCGUUGUGACCUCGACAUUCACAACCGCAGUCAAGACGUCGACCAUUUCGAUUGCUGGUUCCACUGUCUCUACCGACCUGGUCAUUACCAAGACUACUGGAAAGGUGUCCACGCUAAAGGCUGCCACCUCGACCAUCACCAGCGUGUCUGAAUACACCAAGUAUACGACCACGACCGUCCCUGGUUCCACUUUGACCACCACCGCCUUGACAACGCAGACGACUGGAAAGACCACCACCUUGAAGGCGUCCACUGUGACUGUGACAUCGACGACUAGCUCUACGGAGACUAUCAAGUCCACAGUCACCCUGCCUGCCAGCACCGUCACAAACGCGGCAACCAGCACGCGCACUAUCACAUCUGUGCUCGACCAGUCCACGGGAACUGUCACGCAGUCCAAGGUGGUCACCUCUGUGGAGACGGUCACUCUCCCAGGCAGCACCAUCACCAGCUGGGCCACGGUCAAGACCACGCUCAAGCCCAGCAGCACCGUCACCCAGCGAGCUACGGUGACCAAGACUACAACCGUCAAGGUUGGAGCCUCGACCACCGUUACGAUUACCAAGACAAGCAAGAGCGCCAAGGCUUGCCCCACGGCCUAAUAGGAGGAACAUAUAGUGAUAGGGUGUGCAUAUGAUAAUGUUUAGCGUUGGGGAUAGCAUGCAAUGGGGGAGAAGCGGGUUAGAUUUUUAUUCUUCAU